AUGGAGAACCAUUAUGAGGCGUUGGGCCUAGGUCAUCGCCAGUUCGACGGAAGUUUGAAUGCUCAGGACAUCAAGCAAGCAUAUCGGAAAGCUCUGCUCGAACAUCAUCCGGACAAGGCGCAGACCGGAGACGCAUGUCGAACCGUGGAUUCCAUCACAGUCGCCUACAAAACUUUGUCCGAGCCUGAGGCCAAAGUUGAAUACGAUCGUGAAUUACGUUUGCAGCAUGCGCGCAACAAAGGCGACGACAAAAUCUUUCAUACCGGACUUGAUAUUGUAGAUCUGGAUGACUUGGACUACGAUGAGCAGACUGGUGUAUGGUGGAGAGGCUGUAGGUGUGGCCAGGAGCGUGGUUUUGUCAUCACGGAAGACGAGUUGGAGAACGAGUCGCGCUACGGAGAACUCAUCACUGGCUGCAAAGGUUGCAGUCUCUGGCUCAAAGUCUUGUUCGGAGUCGAGGAAGACGAAGAGCAGAAUGUCAACACUGCUGGGUGA